CCUCGAUCUGGUAGCGACAGAACGCGAGUACUCCAACAAUUUCGACCCAGGUUUCUACGAGUUUGCUUUUGGAGCUCCUCGACUUGUACCACGGUUCUCAAUCAGAUCGAGCGUACGCUCCACCUCUGCCGCCACAAUUGAGUCAACUCGACUCGAUUCGUCUUCAGAAGCAAUCCCUCCCAUCAACACCAACCCAAUCCCCCCCGAAGUCAGGAUGGCAAGCCCUUACAGCCCCGAGCCAGCACCCGAUCUUACUCGGAAUCGUCUCCCUACUCUCUUCGAGGUCCUCGCGCGACGAACUCUGGCUCCUGUUGACCUGUACUUCUUCUACAUCUACAUGCGAGACCAGAAAAGAGCUGUUGACUAUCUCGACUUCUGGCUCGAUGUUGCCCAACACAUGUCCAUGUGCCGCUUGUACGUUCGCGACCUUCGUCGAUCUCUCAUGGUCGGAACCCCCGAUGGCGAUAAGACUGCCUCCAAGCGGUCUUCUGCUCUGUUGGAGAACAUUGGCAACCUUGAUCACAGAGACCCCGCAGGUCCUUCUAUGCUCAAGACCGAAAAGAACAAGAAUCAAGAUGCACAAAUGUCCGCUUUCCUCCGCGAAGAGAAUGGCAAUGGAUUAGGUCACUCUCCAUCUGGAAGCACUGGAUCCAACAUGCGUCAAACUUCUUCCAAUGAUCGCCCUCGACCAAGCUUCAUGAGCAGCCCUCAAGUCCUUACCUCCGAUUCCAACUCGCCAGAGCAUGAAGUCAAGCGUGCUGACAUCCGUUCAUCAGCUCUGAACAUUAUGACUACCUAUAUCCUGCAAGAUGCCCUCCGACAAAUCAUUAUUCCACAGCCACUUGUUGAAGAGAUGAUUUAUGCGAUUGAACAACAAGGCCGUGAUGACCCCGAGGUCUUUGACGCAGCCAAGGACUAUGUCUUCCAAGCUAUGGAGCGUGAUGCCUUCCCAGAUUUCCUUCGUGCUAAAGCUUUGGGCAACCUCACUCCACCUUCCCUCCUCUAUCGCCUCAUUCUUGGUCUUCUUGGUGAGUUUGCUGGCGUCUGGGCCGGAUCUGUUCUCUGUAUGACGGGCGCUUCACGUGCUACGCGGGCCUGGUUGAUCAUUCCUUUCACUAUUGGCAUGUACGGUCUCGUCUGCUGGGAGUUCGUCAUGGAUCCUCUCCUCGCCUUCCUUGGCUACAGCGAAUAUGAACCCAACAAGGUCGCAAAGGCUCAUGAGCCGUACGUCCGAAAGCUGCUUGCUCGGCGUUCGUUGUCCGCUCUGGUCUGGUGGAUCGUUUUUGCUGCUGGCUUUUCCUGCCUCUUCAUCUUCGUCCCCAGCCACUACCUUGGAGAGCCCUACGACUAGAUGCUAUGCUGUGGUUACUCGUCUCUAAUAUGUAAUGGUUGUGGAGUUUGGGAGGAUUUGAUCAUGCAAUGCUCAGAUGGGAGGACUUCUCUUGUUCAUUGGCGUUUCGACAAAUAUUCUGAGGCAUUGCAACGGCUAAAUGGCGUUACGGCGAUUAUGAUUCGGGGGUACAUAACGACUGUGUUUUUAGUUUCUUUUCCGAUUCUAAUGCUGAUACCAAAGCUCGAUGUUGAGCGACAUAAUGACGACCUGUGGUAAUAGUCUCCUUUCGAAGAAUCAAUGCAAAUGCCCUUCAGGGG